CGGGGCCUGCUUGCGCUUGCUCAGUCCACUCUACUCGGGCGGCGGAGGGGACGUGCUGGAGCAAAGAUGGAAGACUACCAGGGUUCCGAGGAGACUGCUUUUGUUGUUGAUGAAGUGAGCAACAUUGUGAAAGAGGCCAUAGAAAGUGCCAUCGGCGGCAACGCUUACCAGCACAGCAAAGUGAAUCAGUGGACCACAAACGUAGUAGAGCAGACUCUAAGCCAACUCACCAAGCUGGGAAAACCCUUUAAGUACAUUGUGACCUGUGUAAUUAUGCAGAAGAAUGGAGCUGGAUUACACACGGCGAGUUCCUGCUUCUGGGACAGCAAUACGGACGGGAGCUGCACCGUGCGAUGGGAGAACAAGACCAUGUACUGCAUCGUCAGCACCUUCGGACUGUCCAUUUGACCUCUUCAGCAAGCCUGCGACCUCCUUCUGUCUCAGCGUUUCUGUUCCAUCUGCUAACUGCCAACCUUGAAUUCAGUGACACCUUUUUCCUCUGUUUUGUGGCACUCUCAAAAUGUAGAGAAAUAAACCAAAUGACUGUGUUGUAUACGAACUGCACACUGUAAGGCUCUGUGGGUAGUUCUGGAGCCUGUGUUGCCACCUGUCUUAACUCUGUUUCUUUUCAAAGGUGCUAAAAACUGAAUUCUGUAAGUGGGAAACUCUCUGUUCUCUGAAAUGAUUCAUUGAUUUUCCAUACUUUAUACUUUUGUUAGAAUAAAUUAUUCAAAUUUAAA